AGAGAUCGCGAGACCACGUUUCUUCGUAUACCGCGACAUCGUUAUUUAUCGAUAUCGAAUCGAGCCGGCCAUCCGGAAGAACACGUCGCCGGACAGGAUCGUCGGGGUCGUCUGUCGUUGACGACCGUCCUGGAUAGGAAACGGAAGAAGAGUGCCGACAUGUCGGCCUUGAACGCCGGGCCCUGUCGACCCGGGAUUAUACUCUGUCUGGCGGCCGUUCUACUGGCAUCGCAGUCCGAUUCUGCGCCCGUCUACGACCAGGAUACCACACAGGUAGCGGAAUACGAUGGAGCCACUGCCGGAUGCUACUACAACUACCAGCACUACAAGGAGGGGGACAGAAUCAUCACGAACGAGCCGUGUUUAAACUGCACGUGCCACAAUCGAAUGCUGAUGUGCUACCUCAGGGUUUGCCCGUUCACGAAAGCGAUCGGCCAGGAUUGCACGGUUGAGAAACGGCCGGAUCAAUGCUGCCCGGUCAUCACCUGUCCAGAGGUGCCGGUACAGUUGUUGACCUCCACCACUAGCGCGCCAUCCACUUCCGGCUCCACGGCGGUCGGCUUCCACGACAAUUACGGGUGCAACGUGGACGANNGGUUCUACGCGGACGGUGCCCAACUGCCCACCGACCCUCAGAAUCCUUGCGAGCUCUGCUACUGCAUCAGGAACAGGACAACCUGCGUAAUGCAGGAGUGUACUUUGCGCGUGGCAGGGUGCAGGCCGGUCUAUCAACCGGGUGUAUGCUGUCCUGUCAAAUACAAUUGCGAAUACGACGAGGAACAAGCGACGACGGUUGAACCAACGCCCGGCCUCAUCAUGACCACAACGAUGGCCCCCGGGGCGACCACGUCUCAAUGCUACCACGAGGGAAAGGUUUACGAGGGCGGUGACUUGAUAUACUCGACCCAGCCUUGUCAGCACUGCUAUUGUUUCCACGGUGACAUCGCGUGCGCCGUCCAAGAUUGCGGGACACCGAUGAAGACUCACGGAAAGAACUGCACGGCCCUGCCACCGCCCGAAGGGGAGUGUUGCCCGACCACGUACGAGUGCGAAGAUGACGGAGAGGUGGUGACGUUACCGAGAGGCGAGGAACGAUACUCCACGACCGAGGNGGAACUGGCUACUACACCCGCAGAAGAAACUACUCGAGAAGUGAAAGAAGGGGAAGAGCAACAGGUGGUUACCGAGCAAGCAAUAGUACCGGAAGAAGCGCAGACCGUAGGAGGAGUGGAGAAGGGAGAACGGCCUGAGUUGCCAGCAAGCGGCGAGAAGGAGGAAGAAGCGAAAGCAACGGAGGAAGAAAGCCUCGUUCCUGGCGAGGGAGAGAAGGAAGAAGAGCCAAGCGUCACCUCCGAGUCCUCUGUAGCUCUGGAGGAGGAGCAGCCGGUUGAAAAGUCCACGCGGUUGCCUGAACUUCCAAGCGAGGAGAAGGAAACAUCCUCGAUCCCUGAGGCGACAACGGAGAAGGGUUUGGGCGAAGAACAAGUGACGGAGGCGGUGAAGGAAACGGAAGGCCCUGCGAUCGUGUCCGAGCAGGAACAAAGAGGGACGACGGUGGCGCCUGGCGAAGAGAAAGGUGCAGAGGAAGCGGCCACGCCUGAAACAGAGGUGGCCACUGAAAAAUCUGUCCCAGAAGCUCCAAGUACCGAACAAGUUCCUGUGCAAGAAGAAGAAGAGAAGAAAGAGGAAGAGAAGCCAAUGGUGGAAGUCAGCACGGAGCAGCAGCCUACAGAGGCGGGUGUUGUUCCAGCGGAACAUGGCGUAGAACAAGAAGCGACCACGGAAGCUGCGGCAGAAACGGAGCAGCCAAUGGUACACGAACAUAAGACAGGCGUGGCUCCUAAGAAGGAAGACGCGAUCCCUCCUGAAAUUCCUCCGGAACCUAUUUCUCCAGAGGCCAGCGAGAAACCGUUUACGGGUGAAAAGGCUGAAGAGGAGGAGGAGGAAACCCCGGUGAUCCCAGAACAGGGUCCGACAGGAAUUUCGAUCACGGAACGUAUACCUGAAAGCAAAGCAGAGGACAAGGAAGCGGUGACCGAAAUGCAGGUUACGGAGGGCUACGUUGACAUGAAGCCGCCAGAAUUUCAUGUCCCGAGCAACCUCGUGACCGAGGCUCCUCUGGCCAAGGAACCUUCGUCCACGUAUCUACCGGAAGAGCACGAAACGACGUCCGCUCCUAGGCAAGAGCAAACAGUGCCUAUCGAGCAAGAAGGGACCACGAUGAGGGGACAAUUGUCCGAAGAAGGAUCCACGACGGAGCCGCAACGAAAGGCGACUGAAGAAGAAGUUUCCUCGGUUACCGAAAGCGAUCAGGUUCCAGGCGAAGAGAAAGAAGCGACGGAAGCAGCUCCUAAAGGCACCGAACAACCCGCGCCGAGUGUCGAGGUAUCGACAACGCAGCAACCUUCACAGGAACAAGAGGCUCAACAGACGGAACAACCUGGCUUACAGGAGGAGCAGAGCACGGAAACCUCGUCUUCCGAGGUUUCGCCCACGAAGGAAACUUCCAAGGAAGAGAUGCCGACGAAGGGAUUGACUAUCGAGGAAUCCGAAGAAGUAACUUCAUCCGAGGAAGUGAACGAUUCCAGUGAGGAAGUUAGCAAAGAGAAACCGAUUGAGACGGAGAAGGAACCCGAGGAACAUCCGUCAGAGAUGCCAACUCAGCCUUCUGUAUCGGAGGAACAUCCGACGGAACAACCAGCAGUCGAGGAGCAGACUGUUGGAACUGAGAAAGUAAGUACAGAAAGUGCCCCGAUAGCUCCUUCGACGGAAGCUCCAAGCGGAGAAGAACGAUCCACGGAAGUGGUCCCAGAAGAGAAAGUUGUUACCGAACAAGAAGAGCGAGUCACUGUUGCGCCAGAAGAAGGUGUGCCAAGCGAGAAGCCUGAAGUCGGUUCGGAAGCUGCCGAAGAACAGGUGACUGAGAAACCAGUUGCUGGCAAAGAGGAAGCUCCAGUUACCGCUAAACCAGCAGAAGGUGAAGAGAUAAGCACAGUGCCCGUAGUUAGCGAAGAAAGUGAAGCGAGCGAGAAACCUCUCGAAGAAGUUCCGAAAGAAGCUAUACCUGAAAGCACAUCAGCAACUCAGGAGGCUGAAGAAGCAACGGAAGGAAGUUUAACGAUCGAAGUUCACCCAACAGUGGCGUCCAUGGAAGGAAAGACAGAAACGCCAGAGUCUUCGGAACAGCCUGUUGUCGAACAGACCGAAGCGCCUAUAACCAAAGAAACGACUGAACAGGUAGAAGAAGAACGGAAAACGGAGGAGCCUACGAAGGAAGAACAAACCGAAGGACCUGCAGCUGCGUCUCCAUCGACGGAAGAGACGAUGACAGAAGCAGGAGCAGAGAAGGAAGGAACUCAAGCUCCUGUGGAGGAGCACACUAAAUCUCCUAUCAGCGAGCGUAAAGAGGAUGAAGAAAGCGUGAAAGGUGCUGAAGAGCCAUCCGAGAAGGAAGAAGGCGUUCAGAAGCCACCUCUUGAAGAAGAGAAGACAACUGAAAAGCCUGCAGGGGAGGAAGAAAUGACUGCAGUGCCAGAGGAAGCUGAAGUAACUGGAAAGCCUAUCGAAGAAGAGAAAUCACCCGAGGAGCAACCUAGUGAAGAGCAGCGACCUAGUGAAGAACCAACGAAGGAGGAAGAAGAGAAGUCUGUUGAGGGAAAACCGACUGAAGAGCCAGUAGAAGGUGAAAAAGUAACCGAAGAACCGACUAUUGAAGAGGAGAAACAUGCGGAAGAAGAAAAACCGACCGAAAGUCCGGUCGAGGAAGGAAAGACGACAGAAGAGAAGCCAACUGAACCUGUGGAAGAAGAAAAGGUGAGUGAAAAACCUGUUGAAGAAGAAGAAAAGCCAAUAGAAGAGGAGAAAGGAACAGAAAGUCCCAUGGAAGAAGAAAAACGUGUCGAGGAGGAAGGAAAAUUGGGAGAAGAAGAGAAGCCGACUCAGGAACCUGUUGAAGAAGAAGAAAAACCUAUUGAGGAGGAGAAACCAACAGAAAAACCUGUUGAAGAAGAAAAACCAACCGAAAAAUCUGUCGAAGGAGAACAACCUACGGAAGAACAUAAACCAAUUGAAGAGCCUAUAGGAGAAGAACAACCUACUGAAGAGCAAAAACCAAUUGAAGUAUCGACUGAAUUGCCUGCUGAAGAACAAAAACCAACGGAAAGUCCUAUUGAAGAGGAAAAAUCAACGGCGCCUGAAGAAGAGAAACCUAGCGAGGAAGAAAAAUCAACUAAAGCGCCUGUACAAGAAGAGGAAUCAAGUGAACAGCCUAAAAAAGAAGAAGAAGAAGAAGUGCAACAAACUGAAGGACCUAUCGAAGAAGAAAAACCUGCUGAAGAAGAAAAACCUUCUGAAGAAGAAAAACCUGUUGAAGAAGCGAAGCCAACUGAACAGCCAAUAGAAGAAGAAAAACAAGUGCCAACUGAAAAGAUUACCGAGGAAGAGAAACCAUCUAUCGAACCUGUCGAAUCUAUUGAACAAGAAAAGACAACUGUGGAACCUGUUGCGGAAGAAAAACCAAGCGAAGUCGCACCCUCUCAAGAGACUGUAUCAAUUGAAACUUCAACUGAAGGUCCUACGAUAGAAGAGAAACCCUCUGAAAGUGCCGAACCAGUAUCUACCGAACUUCCUAUUGUAGAAGAAACUGUUAGCCCGUCUGCUCCUAAAGAAAUAGCUGAAGCAUCGACAGAGCUUCCAAAAGAGAUUCCAGAGGGUUCCACGAUCGCUCCAAAAGAAGAAGUUCCUUCGCGCACGGAAGAAACGCAAACAGAAAUUGCUGGCACACCGCAGGAAAAAUUAACGGAAGCUCCCAUCGAUCAUGGCGAACCUUCUACAGAACCUACUAAACAAAUUCCAGAACAGCCCACCGAAGAAGGAAGCACUCAACAACCAGAAUCACCGAUUGAAGCGACAACAGCGGCUGUUCCAAGCGAAGAAACAAUCAAAGAAGAAGGCAAAAUAUCCACCGAAGAAGGUAUCGUGACUGAAGUAUCACCGACCGAAUCUGCGUCACCUUCCGAGGAAACCAGUCCAGCGGAAGAAGAACAAAAGGUAUCUGUUCCUGAACAAGUUCAAACCGAAGCUCCAUCGAGAGAAGAGGGAACAACGCAAAUUUCUCGCGAAAAAGAAACCGAGGCUCCAAUGUUGGAAGAAAAGAUUAUAGAAGAAGAAGCAACGUCUGCACCUAAGGAAGCAGAAAUUCCAGAAACUACCCCGUACUCGGAAACAUCGUCAAAAGUCGGGACUGAAGGAGUCGUCGAGCAAUCCACGUUGGCUGGAGGAGUACCCGAAGAAGAGGUAUCGACGCAACCUCCUUAUCAUAUACCACCAACAAUUCCAGGAGAGGGCAAUUGUCUCGUCGAAGGUCAAUCUUACAGCAACAACUCUGCUAUUCCUCCGUCGAAUCCUUGUCAACUCGCUUGCCGUUGCGUCAGCAGUAUUAUUCAGUGCGAUCUGGUUCAAUGUCCACCGCCCCCAAGCCACUUGUCGAAUUGUAUGCCACUUCACAUCGGUAAAGAUUCUUGCUGCCCGAUGUACGCUUGCGACUCGACGCCAACCGCUGGCUUGGAGUCCGAUAAUCACAUGAUCGAGCAUGAAACGCCUAAAUACGAAGAGGAGGAGAAACAGAAGACCGUACCACCUCUAGAGGCGGAACUUCCUAAGGAAGGAACAACGGAGGGCGUCGAAGUGAAAGAGCAUUCGACCACCGUAGCGCCGAAAAUAAUACCCAGCGAGGAAACAGGCGAACAGACGACUGCUGCGCCUGGUUUGGCGGAAGAAGCGCAAACGACAUCGAAAUCUGUCGAACCUGAUCACACGCAAGCGACUUCCACUGUCAUGGAAGGUGCCAAAGAGGCCGAAGAGCAUACUCUUAGCCCAGUAGUGCCUCCGAUGCAGGUAGAGUCUUCUAGUCAAAUACCUUCGGAGGAAACUUCAUCAGAAAUACCGAGCAGUUCGGUAAAGAGCGUGGAAGAACAGGAAGAGCAAGCAACGGAGGUGCCAUCCCCUGAACAGCCAAUCGAGAAACACGUUCCCGAAGAGCAGCAACCCUCGAGUCCCGCAGCAGGCGAGGAACAGACGACGCAACCGAUUCAAGAAGAAGAAACUUCCGUUGGAAUUGAAAAAGAAGCUGCUACCACGGCGAAACCAACGGGUGAACAACCAGCGGAAGAAGAGGAAAAACCUGCAGAGGGUGAAGAACAAGUGACCGUCUCUCCCGCGAUCUCGGAAGAAAGUACGAGCCAAAAGUCCGAAAUUCCAAGUUCUACCCUCAUACCAGAAGGCCAGCCACAGGAAAGCGCCGAAACUCAGAGACCGUUGGAAGAAGGAACAACUUUGAGUGCGGAAUCGGUAACACAACCCGAAGAAGAAAGGAAAGAACAACCUGAACAGCCUACUCCAGAGGAUGAAUCGCAGACUGUCCAGCCCAGUGAAUCAGAAAAACCAUCUCCUCCAACCGUGGAAUCGUCUACUCCAGAGCAAGAAGUUACUCCUGUGGAACAGGAAACUGUUAAACCCAUCGAAAGUGAAGCACCUGGAACGACAAAAAUGGAAAUCUCUACAGAAGUUCCGGCGUCAGAGGAAGUAACCGAACCUGGCGUGACUAAGGAAGAACCAAGUAAAACUGAAGCACCUCAGGAGGAAGGAGAGGCCACGACACCAAGCGAGGCAGAAGCUCCAAAGAAACCAGAGAUUCCUUCAACGGAGGAACAGGCUGUACCCGUUGGAACUGAACAACCUUUAACACCUACUACUUUAGCAGGCGAACAAACCAAAGAAACAGUUGCACCUGAAGGCACGCUCAAGGUGACUACGGAAGCAGUGAUUGCAGAGGAGCAGCAUACGGAGAUACCUGAACAGCAAACGGUAUCCGAGGAACAAGUGGCAAGCUCGACCGAGUCUGUCGAGGCGAGCAGCGAAAAAGAACCAUCGAUACCUAUCGAAACGAAGGAAACGACCGAAGAACAGGGUGUCACGGAAGAGCAGCGACCAACCGUCGUCGAAAGCAAGCCCGAAGAGGAAACUUUACUUUCGUCCGAACCAACUCCACCAGCAGAGGAACAAACUCCCGCUGCGUCUGGCGAAGAGGAAGCUACACCAUCCUCCGUUUCUCAGGAAGCGAUUACGGAAGCUGCGCAUGAAGCCACCACGGUGAAAGCUGCCCCUGUGGAAGCGACUUUGCCUCAAGAACAAACUGAACAACCAGCUGCUGCUAUCGAGAAAGAAACGGUGGCAUCUGUUACCGAAGAAACAGUUACGGAGAGGGUUAAGGAAGAAACCGUUGAACCAGAGGAACACGUCUCGACCGAAAAAGCAGUCUCUGUCGAAGGCGAAGAAGCGCCUGAAACUACAGCCCCGAUUGAAGUUGCGGGACAGGUGACGGAGAAGGAGGAAGAAGCGACAGAAUCUGCGUUGCCAGUUGAGAAGGAAGCAACAAUCGCUCCUGAACAGACACAGAAACCCGAGGAGGGAACUGAGAAAUCGGUUGUGGAAGGUGAGGGAGUUAAGAGCGAAGAGCAAUCUAGCGAGACAUCUUCUCCGAUGGAUUAUACUCCAAGCCCAAUUUCACCAGAAGAGUCGAAAGAGAAGGAAGAGAAGAAACCUGAAGUAGUAACGGAAGGAAUACCGGAAGAGAAAGCGACAACUGUGCCAAGUGAAGUAACUCUGUCUCCAGAAGAGCAACAAGCUUCCGUGACUGAAAGGAAACCGGAAGAGGGUAUUCCAGAAGCGACUGAAGCGCCAUCGAUGGAAGAAGGGACAGGCAGACCGAUGGAAGAAGAAAAGGGACAGGGAGAAGAACAAACGACUCCAGCAGCGGAGAUCGAAAAAGCGACUGUUUCCAAGACACCUCUCGAGGCUGGUCCAACCGAAGUGCCAGAGAAGAUAGUUCCCGAGGAAGUACCGUCCGAGAUGCCGGAACAAGCGCUUUCCACCGAACAGCCUGUGCAACUUACGGAAGCUCCUGAGAAGAUAGCGCCUUCCACGGAAGCUCCAGAACAAGAACUUCCUUCCGAGGUUCCACCAGAGAAAGCUGCAACACCAGAGGCGCCGGAAUAUUCGACCGAACUACCUGAAAAAGCAAUUGCUGCCGAAGAAGUUCCUGAGAAGGAAGUUCCAACCGAAGCGCAAGAAGAAGCAAUUACUACCGAGACAUCGGAGAAGGAAGUUCCUGAAAUAUCGACAAAAACUCAACCUACUGAAGCGGCAGGAGACCAAGUUACAGAAGUGCCGGAGCACAUUAUUCCGGAAGAAGAAAAACCUGGCGAGGUAACGGAGAAGAUUGUUCCUGAGGAAGAGAAACCAGUUGUGACCACAGAAAAAGUUCUUCACGAGGAAGAAGAAAAGCCUGUCGAAGUGACGGAAAGAGUUGUUCCCGAAGAAGAAAAGCCAGUUCAGACGACGGAAAAGAUUGUUCCUGAGGAGGAAAAGCCAGUUCAGACAACGGAAAAGAUUGUUCCUGAGGAGGAAAAGCCUGCUGAAGUGACCGAGAAGCUUGUUCCCGAAGAGCCAGCCGAGACGACGGAAAAGGAGCUUCCUCCUGAAGAAGAAAAGCCUGCGGAAACGACGGAAAAGACUCUAUCAGAAGAAGAAAAACCUGUGGAAGUGACGGAAGAGCAAAAGCCAGCAGUCGAAGAGGAACAACAAACAGCUAGGCCCGAAGAAGAAGAAGAAGUUUCUCAAACUACGGAAGACCUUUCUCUCAAGGAACAAUUACCCGAACAAGCCGCGACCGAAGUUCCUCAAGAAGCGACCAAGCUUCCAACCAGUGAGGAAGAAGAGUUGGCGCGACCAACUACAGCAGCGGUUGAAGUUGAAGCGACGUCUCCUCAAGAAGAACACCCGAAUCCCAUAACCGAAUCGACGGAAACUACAAUAGCGCCCGAGGUGCACGAAUAUACGACUAAGGAAGCGGAAGCUUCGGAGGAAGCACAACUUGGCGUAACGAAAGCGCAACCUGGCAUGCCGGAAGCUCAACCUUCCAUCGAACCUACAGUCGAAACUUCUACUACGGAACACGAAGAAGAGAUGGCACAAACCGAAAAAGCUCCCGAAGAACAUCCCGCGGUCCAAGCAUCUACGGAACAGCCUCAAGAAAAGAGCACCGUGGAACCAGCAACGGUUCCGGAAGAGCCCAAAGAGGAAGAAGCUUCCCCAAAACCUGAAGAAGAUCAACAAUCGACCGAGGCAUCCGUCGAAGAGCCCACGACGAAGGCUCAUCCGCUUCCAACAGAGCCGUCUCUCGCCGAAUCGAGCGAAGAGGAACAGGAGGGAGAAGUAGAAGAACCUGGAUUGCCAGAAACUUCCGGCUCGACGACCGAGAAAGAAGAAUCGGCCGAAGGCUUAUCGGAUCAUCACCUUCCGUCGAUGAACCAAACGUUCGAAGCCACUGAACGACCCGUCCAACCCACCCUUCAUCAGCCAACGAGUACAUUAGCCCCUCAGAUACCCGAGUACUCCGACCAGGUAUCUGGAGAGGAGAAUCCGCACUUCCCAACGCACGGUGGAAGUUAUCUGUCGAAUGAAGAUUACGACGAGGAUGACCAGGCGAUUUACGGACCAGGCACUUGCCGAUACGGCGGAAAAGUCUACGUCUCGGCUCAACAGAUACCAAGGGACGAUCCUUGCGACUUCUGCUUCUGCUUCAGAAGCGACAUCAUCUGUCUGCAACAGAGCUGCCCACCACCGAUCCCAGGUUGCCACGAGGAGCCGAUCAGCGGUUUUUGUUGUCCGAGAUACGAGUGCCCGGUGUCGAUGGCCACGUCGCUCAACAUCACCACGACAACGACCACGACCACGACCACGUUACCACCUCAUUUCCAUGCCCAUGCAUACAAAGGAGCAGCGAAACGAAGCGGAUGUCAGAUUCGCGGCCAAGCGUAUCGCGUUGGAGAAGUCAUUAGGUCCGCGUCCGGACCUUGCCUUCAGUGCACUUGCGGUGGUGACGGGAACAUGAAAUGUGAUCCACGAGUGUGCAGCCCGGAACCGAUGUUGAGGCAAAUGAUAGCGGCGGCCACGGCGAGAAGGAGGAGAUGAGCCGUCCAACGAGAUCCCGGGGAUCCUUUGGACGAACAUACAAGGGAAAAAGGAAGUCUAGAGAGCUGGAUCAGUGUUGUAUAAAAGUGAAUUAAAAAUAUUCUAAACUAUCUAAAUAUCGCGGGAACACAGACUGUAAUGUGCUUCUGCGAUCACGAACUGAGUGGCCAAAACCGUAAACGUUUAUAUUAUAAUAUAAUAUUAUGUUAUAUAAAGAAGAAAA